UUAAACCGUCAGAUCGAUAAUAUGCAAAGUAAGGGGAAUGAAGUGACAUGACAUUUGUAUAACAGUUAGUUUUACAAGAAUUUGUAUAACCAUAAGCAUAGAAUCAUUUGCCGCUUGUCCUCUUCCCCUAAACAAUCGAAUUCUUCAAUAUCAUUUUUCUUUCUCACCAUUUUAUUAGAUCAUCAAAUUAACUAAACUCAAACAAUGGAGAAAGUAGUAGUGCUCUACCCAUCACCAUUCAUAGGCCACUUAAUCUCCAUGGUAGAACUAGGCAAACUCAUCUUAAUCCAUUCUCCUACAAUUUCCUCCAUCACCAUAAUAAUCCCAAACUCCCCUAUAAACAAUGCUUCCUAUUACUCCUCAUACGUCUCCUCUAUCUCCGCCUCGUUCCCUUCCAUCACCUUCAUCUUCCACCCUCCUGUCCCGCUCCUUCUCGGAGACCUUUCGAGUUACGAGGAUGUCGAACAUAUCACGUUCGAGACUCUUCGUAGCAACAACACCAACGUUCUCAACUCCCUCCAAUCUCUCUCCAAGUCUUGUACUAUUUCUGCUUUCAUUGCCGACUUGUUUUGCUACUCGGUGGUUGAAGUUUCUCGGUCACUACUCAACAUACCUACUUACUAUUUCUUCUCUUCUGGUGCUUCUGUUCUAGCUUUCAUGCUUAACCUUCCUGUUUAUGACAGAACUUUUACCGGUUCUUACAGGAAUGUUCGGGUUCCGCUCGAGAUUCCCGGGUUAUUCUCUCUUCCUACUAGUGAUAUGAUUGAGUCCAUGCUUGAUCGUCGGGUUAGUUAUAAGGAGUUUAUUAAGUUAGCUGAAACUUUUCUUAAAUCGGAUGGGAUAAUUGUUAAUACUUUCGAGUCGUUAGAAGUUAGAGCUGUUAAGGGUUUGAAACAAGGGAGUUGUCUUCCUGGAACUCCAAUCCCUCCUGUUUAUUGUAUUGGGCCUUUGAUGGCUAAUAAAGGCGGAGGCGAGGAUGGCGCCGAAGGAGGAGGUGAAAGACACGAGUGUUUAAGUUGGCUUGACUCGCAACCAAGUCGAAGUGUAGUGUACUUGUGUUUUGGAAGUGGGGGUGUGUUUUCUAAGGAACAAACAAUGGAGAUAGCUAUAGGGUUGGAAAAGAGUGGCGUUAGGUUUUUAUGGGUGGUUCGUGCUCCACCUAAUAAAAGUACGGCUAAUGCGAUGGUAGAGUCAUUGCAUGGACCAGAUUUGGACUCACUCCUUCCAAAGGGAUUUUUGGAUAGGACUAAGGAUAGGGGUCAUGUGGUUAAGCUAUGGGCCCCACAAAUUGAAGUAUUGGGGCACGAGUCGAUAGGUGGGUUCGUAACUCAUUGUGGGUGGAACUCGACUUUAGAGGCAGUAUGUGCUGGAGUGCCUAUGGUGGCUUGGCCUCUAUAUGCCGAGCAAAGAUUUAAUAGGGUUUUACUUGUGGAGGAGAUUGGAAUAGCCCUACCAAUGAAUGAGUCAGAGGGUCGAUUUGUGAGGUCGAGCGAGAUAGAGAGGCGAGUCAAGCAAAUUAUGAGCUCGGAAGAAGGGGAUGUUGUAAGGAAACGUGUUUUGGAUUUGAAAGAUAAGGCUAAGGUUGCACUCAAUGGAGGAGGCUCGUCUAUGAUUGAAUUGGUUAUGUUAGUUGAAUCGUGGAAAUGAUGGAAAUAUUCAUCAAUCCACAAGCUUUGUUUACCCUUUCAAUAUUUUAUUAUAAUUGGUAAAGAAUAGUGCACAAGUUCUUAUUUAAAUGUGAUUGUAAAUCGGAGUUCACGUUAUUCCAUUAUAAUAUAAGUUAUUCGACUGGUCA